AUGGGAUCAAAGAAGGAUUUGGGAGUGAGUAUUCUGAGUGGAUGGUUGAGUAGAAGAUCAAUGAAAGUGAAGAUUGGUUUGGGGAUAUUGCUUGCUUUUUGUGGUGUGGUGAUUCUAAGGCAUACUAUCACAGAUCCUCAUUUUUUCUACAUAGCCUCUGGAACAGUUCAUGUUGCUGGUCUUGUUGUUCUUGUAUACAAGCUCUUUGUUAAUAAGACAUGUUCUGGUUUAUCCCUCAAGUUCCAAGAGGUCAAUGCUUUAUUCCUAGCAACAAGAUUAGGCUGCAGCUUCUACAUGGAAGCAGACUAUCGCACUGUGUUUGAUCUAUUAUAUUUCUUGUUAACAUUAAUGGUUGUUUGGUUGAUGAGAUUCAGACUCAAAUCUACCUAUAUCAAAGAGUUUGACACAAUGUGGAUAUCCCUUUUGGUGGUGCCUUCCGCAAUUCUUGCAGUACUAGUAAAACCACAGACACCUUAUGUAUGGCUUUCUCGAGUUGUUUUCGCAUUCACUUUGUAUGUCGAAACUGUUUCAGUUCUUCCUCAAAUUCGUUACAUGCAAAAUGCAAAGAUGGUUGAAACAUUCACGGGAUAUUAUGUAUUUGCUCUUGGUAUUUCAAGAUUCUUUGCAUUAGCAUAUUGGAUUAUUCACGUUUAUGAAACUGGAGGUAGAUAUCUAUUUUUCUUUGGCUAUGGCUAUUUCUGGAUGGUGGUUCUUCAAGUAUUGGAGUUGGUUCAAUCUUUCAUCUUGGCAGAUUUCUGUUACUAUUACAUCAAGAGCUUCAUGCAAGGUCAACUUUUGAGGAAGAUGCCUGUUUAA